UGCAUCAAAGAUAUGAAAUUUGAUUUGUAUAGUUAAGAAAGGUAAACAUCGUUUAAAACGCACAUUAACAAUACGUUUGAACAGAUAUUUUCUAAACAGUCAUAAGAAAAUCAAAUAUGUUGAAAGUAUAACAGUGUAUAACGCCAAAACACAUAACUUUCUUACUGUUCGUGAUAGUAAUUUUACGUCUAAUUAUAAGAAAAUAAGAUGAGGUGUUUGCUGUUUUAUCAACCAAAAUAUUUUUGAAGGGAAUAUACUAUUCAGAUCUCAACAUUAUUGGAAAUCGAAAUAUUGAUUAAUCACUUUGAGACGACAUAGCAUAUGAAUAAUACAUAUAAAGGCUUGUGUGUUAGAAGUCAAGAGGUACGAUAAGUUAAGUUGGCAUAAUGUCCGAUUCAUUUAAAGAUCGACAUGCAAAGUUAGGAUGCAUGGUUCUGAGAUUGUUUCCUCAAGUUAUGCAGAUGAUUUUAAGAUAUUAUGUAACUCCACAUUGGUUAAAACGAAAAUAUUUGCAGCAAGAUUACCGUUUUGUUUUUAUGGAAAAUGAAAUUGUUCUAAUGGACAAGCUUCCAAACAUGGACGAGUUUACAAUUGAAAUAUGCUACAAAAUACUUAGAUCUGAAAAUAUGUUAGACGAACCUAAAUGUAAAUGGGGAAAUGUCCCUCAUGAUGUAGAAGUGGAAAUCGCUGAUGAUAUACAACGGUUAAUUAAUGCAACAAAUUCAAUAACUAGCCUCAAACCUGAAGAGGUUACAAACAGUUAUUCCGAAAAGUUGCUACAGGACAUCAAACUGAUAGUUACCAGAAUGGAUUCCUUUUUUAAACAAGACACUUUAAGACGUAUGUAUAACACUUUAAGCAGAUCUGGAACAGAUUCUACUUCUGUCUUACAAGACCUAGCACUGAUAAAAGCAAUUGAAGAAACAGAGUUCCUACCAAAUAUUGAACGUGAAGGGCAAGAAAGGUAUUCUAGGCUUUCGAUGGCCAUCAUCGAAACUUUUCCGAAAGUUCUUAGACAUGUUAUUCGAUCAAGAAUAUCUGCAAGCCAGCUGUAUCAAAUGUGUGAGCCAUUUCUAAAAAUGUUUUAUCACGAACAACGGACAAGCCUUAAAGAACUACAGAAUUCAAAUACAUAUGAUUCGUUAGAUAUUACAAUAGUUUAUAUACUAUUAAGACAGUUUUCGCUGAUACCUUCUCCAACAAAAGGAUGGGGAAUUAUUCCCGACAAUGCAGAUACCAAAUUGGGAGAUGACAUUGAACGAAUAAGAUGCUAUAGAAAUCAACUUGUUCAUCGACGCGACACCAAUAUUGAUAAAUCGGAAUUCGAUGAUUGCUUCAAUAAGUUUCGUGAUAUUUGUCGUAGAAUGGAUCUCAAUGUUUUCCAAAACACGAAUUAUGAAAUGCGAAUAAUUGGACACAGAACAUGUACAAUGGAUGCGGAAACGCAAAUAAAAUAUGAAAAUGCAAUGAAGGAGAUAGAAACCAUCAAAUUGAAAUUUGAAAAGAGGCCAAUAACGUUUUACUGGGGAGAAAACUUUGAAAGAAGUUUGAGGAAUCUUAGAUCACUUUUAAAAGAAGAAAUAUUAGAAGGAAGACAGAAAGUACGUUUACAGAUCAUUUUUCAAACCGAGGAUGAUGUCGAGAAAAUUAUUGAUAUCCUCAAUUCGCUCAAAGACGAAAUAAAUGAAGGCUUAACUGGAAUAGAGUUCAUUGUUGCUACAAAAGGGAGUAUAGUCCUGAAUGCAGAUAUUCUGUUGGAAAUGAUUGAAACAGAUGAAAUGUUACAAUCCACUCUGGCUUUAUUUCUAGAAAAGAUUUUGGAACGUAUUAGGGCAUUUACUACUGAAAGUAUUGAUAUGGUUUUGUUACCUAUAGAAGAGACAACACAAUGGAAUAAAUCAAAACCCAGUGCAAAAGCAUGUCAUCUAAACUUUGAUAUAGAGGCUGAGUUGUUUGAAACCGAUAAUAAAAUGGAAGAGCAACUGAGUAAAAUAUCUGAAGCCAUUUCCAAACAUUCCAAUGGAAGAGGAACAAACAACAAUAUGACUGCAACGCUCUUACCUAUUAGCCUUGUUAGUGGAAUAGAGGCCUUGACAUCCAUCAGAUGCACAGCAAUUGUAACCAGUGAAUCAAAAUAUAGUUCAUCAUCGUCUCUUGAAAUGAAACAACUUCGGCAUCAAACGCCCUAUCAAUCAUCCAUUGCCAAUGUUGAACAUUGUUAUACUCAGAAACUAACUACAACUAGACAAUAGCGAGAAGGACAUAAUCAACAAUAGUUCAAUAAAGAUGAAACUGUUAGCUUAUUUCUAAAGGGAGUUAUUGAUCUUGAUGAAUGACAGGUUCCUUGAAUCCUAUAGUGCUUCAUUUAAGAAAAAGUAAAAUCACAAAAAUACUGAACUCCGAGGAAAAUUCAAAACGGAAAGUCCCUAAUCAAAUGGCAAAAUCGAAAGCUCAAACACAUCAAACGAAUGGACAACAACUGUCAUAUUCCUGACUUGGUACAGGCAUUUUCUUAUGUAUAAAAUGGUGCAUUAAACCUAGUUUUAUAGCUAGCUAAACUUCUCACUUGUAUGACAGUCGCAUAAAAUUCCAUUAUAUUGAAAACGAUGUGUGAACAAAACAAACAGACAUAAUAGGUAAAAAUGUCAAAAAUAGAGAACAAUAAGUAUUGUCUGAUUAAAGAAUAUGCUACUUAUUUUUGCUAUUUGUGUCGUAAUGGUUCUGUCUCAGUGUCGUUUGUGCCAAAUUAUUUUUCUUAUUAGCGUCGUGUAUUUGACGUUUAUGCACAUUUUAUUUAAUAUUUGUAUCCUUCAUUUACUUUUUCAUUGACGUAUAUCAAACUUUGUUUUUUUUUAUUUGUGUCGUUGGUGUUCUGCCUAACAAACGUAUAUGAAAUUAAUUUUUUUACAAUUUUUUAUAGUUCGAAUACUUUGUCAUUCACGUAUAUGCCACAUUUUUUUAUUAUUUGUUUCGUUGUUGUAAUGCCUGAUAAACGUAUAUAUAAUUUUUGUCGUCCGAAACUUUUUCAUUGACGCAUAUGCCACACUUGUUUUAUCAUUUGUGUCAUUUGGUAAAUGUCUCAUAACCGUAUAAGCCAUAUUUUUAUUUUUACUUAUUUGUUUGGUUGAAAAACUGUCUCGAUGACGUAAUAGCCAUAUUUAUUUAAUAAUCGUGUCGUGAAGGUACUGUCGUAUUGACGUUCAUGCCACAUUUUUUUAUAUUUGUUGUUGUUGAGGUAGUGUCGCAUUCAUGUUUAUACCACAUUUGAUUUAUUUGUGUGUCUUUAUAGUACUAUUUCAUGGAAGUUUAUGUUGCAUUGUCACAUUUGUUUUUGAUUUGUGAUGUAAGUGCACUGUCUCAUUGACUACUACGCUUCACGUUUUAAUUAUUUGAAAUUUGAAAUCGACCAAAAUAUUAUACAGGCAUAAACAAAACCGUAUGUCACGAAAGGACUUUUCGUAUUGCGUAUAUUUUUAUACACCCUUUCACGUAAUAUUUGCAGUAUCACCAUUAGAAAAUAAGUUCUCGAAAAACGAGAAUGAAAAAAAAUACAAUUACAAUUACAAGCAAGAACGGAUGUAAUCCUGGUUUUGCAGUUUUCUCGGUAAUAUGUUGAAACUUUUAAAAGUGAAUUCAUAUAUAUUUCUGCAUUUUUUUUCUGUUUAGCUGUUUUCAUGGUGAGGGCAGCCAUUGUUUUAAAUUUCCAAUACAGAUAGCAUAUCUUUACAUGGCAUUUAAGAUUUCUCUUAAGUUAAUUACGUUAAAAGCAUUUUACAAUUUAACACAUAUUCUCUGUUUCUUUUGCAACUAUGGCAAUUUUGAUACUUUUUUAAAACUUAUUCUACAAAUUUUCAUCAAAGAUGACAUAUCUAUAAAUUGUUGUUACAUUUGAUUGUGUAAUCUAUAAAAAAAAAAGCUACUAUAGUAUUCUGAGAAUAAAAGAAAGAGAGACGGAGCAAAAGUGAUAUGUCACCAGACAUUCGUUCGAGGUGACAUACUUAUUCAAUAAAUUCUUCGUAAAACGAUAAACGUAAAAAUCUUUUAGACGACUGUUAAAGUGACCGAAUGCUUUACGAUUCUUUACAGUAGAAUGACCAUUUAUUGCAUCAUCAGGACGUUCUCUUUUCAGUGGAAUUUAAAAUCAAAUAAUCUAUUAAUUAGAUAACUGAAAAUAACACUAAAAGAUAUUGAUAUUAUCUUAGAGAUUGUAGUCAUAAAACUUUGAGCUUUUAAAAGAUUCAAAAUAGAUAGUGCGCAAAACAAAAGACAUGUUCCAAAAUACGUCCAUGUUAACUGCACAAGAAUUAAAUCCAAUCAUUAGGUCAAAUAAUAAAUCUGAUGAUC